AUGGCCACCAAGCGCAUUGCCAAGGAAUACGCCGACCUCUCCCAAUCGCCUCCCCCCGCAUUCACCAUUGCCCUAGCGGCCUCCGAAUCCCUCCACACGUGGCACAUCACGCUCCGCCCGGCCGAACCCUCCGUCUACAACCCAGGCCAGUUCGGCAUCCUGCUCACCCUCCCGACAGACUACCCCUUCAAGCCCCCCGUCGUCAAGUUCGUCACCCGCAUCUACCACCCCAAUGUCACCGACGAGUGCCCCGGCAGCAUCUGCCUGUCCCUGCUCAAGUCAGAGAACUGGAAGCCCAGCACCAAAAUCAUCAAUGUCCUCGAGGCCCUCGACAACCUGCUGCUAGAGCCGCAGCCCGACGACCCCCUCGACGACAGAAUUGCCGAGCAGUACAAAAACGACCGCCCGGCCUGGGAGAAGCAGGCAAAAGCCUAUGUCCAAAAGUACGCCAUGCAGGAGCCCGAGUUUCCCAGCACAUAG